CUAUUUUAACAGGAUCCAUACUUGAUACUUUCCUUUCAACCAAAAGAAUUAUUAGGGUUUCAAUGAAAUGUUAUGUUACAAUGAGAGAAAUUGAUAUAUGUAGAAGUAAGGUUUUAAACUAAUAAUCUAGCCUUAAUAGAAUUGUAAUAAGUUGUGGUAAAAUGAUGUGUGAAUGUAGUAGAAAAAGAGGGAGCUUGUUAGUUGAAUAAAAAAAGACAUUAUAUUAUAUGAAUUAAAUUAAAAGCGACGUGUGUUGUGUAAAAAUGAAAGAGGUAUACGCAAAUGCAAUAGAGAGUGAAGCGGAGGAAAGCAGCAGAAGAUUGGAUCGAUUGAUAGAUUGAAUUCAGUUAUUAUUGAUGAUGAUGAUGAUGGCGAUGCAAUGCAGAAGAAGAACAGCGACUUGGUUGCUACAUCAUCAGCUUAGCCGAACCCUUUCUCUCUCCUCCGUGGAUCACGAUUACGUUUUGGUUGAAGGUAAUGGAUACUCAAGAAUGUCCCUUCUCAACAGACCCUCCUCCCUCAAUGCCAUCAACACUCACAUGGCUGCUAGACUUCAUCAACUUUACACAAGUUGGGAGCAUAACCCUCAUAUCGGUUUUCUCAUGCUCAAGGGCACUGGCCGCUCUUUCGCUGCUGGUGGAGAUAUUGUCGCUCUUUACCGUUUUCUAAACAAAGGGAACAUAGAAGCCUGUAAAGAAUUUUUUAGAACAAUUUAUAGUUUUAUAUACCUGCUAGGUACAUAUUUGAAGCCACAUGUAGCUCUUCUGAAUGGCAUUACCAUGGGUGGUGGGGCAGGAAUUUCUAUCCCUGGGACAUUCAGAGUUGCAACAGACAAAACUGUUUUUGCUACACCUGAAGUUCUUAUUGGAUUCCAUCCUGAUGCUGGAGCAUCUUUUUACCUUUCACAUCUACCUGGUCAUAUAGGAGAGUACUUGGCUCUGACAGGGGAAAAGCUCAACGGAGUAGAGAUGGUUGCCUGUGGACUUGCUACACACUAUUCACUAAUUGCAAGGCUUCCACUAAUUGAAGAACAGCUGAAGAAAUUGGUUACGGAUGACCCAUCUGUCAUAGAAGCCACUUUAGAACAGUAUGGUGAUCUUGUACACCCAGACAGCAGUAGUGUACUACAAAGGCUUGAAAUUCUAGAUAAAUGCUUUUGCCAUGACACAGUUGAAGAGAUUGUUGAUGCAUUGGAAGCUGCAGCAAGUGAAACAAAAGAUGCAUGGUGCAUUUCUACCCUAAAUAGACUUAAAGAAGCUUCUCCAUUGAGCUUGAAGGUUUCCUUGAGAUCUAUUCGAGAAGGUAGAUUUCAGACCCUUGAUCAGUGCUUGUUGCGUGAGUACCGUAUGACUUUACAAGGAAUAUCUAAACAUAUAUCUGGUGACUUCUGUGAGGGAGUGAGGGCGCGUGUGGUGGACAAAGACAUGUCACCAAAGUGGGAUCCUCCAACCUUGGAAAAGGUGUCUCAAGAUAUGGUGGAUCAGUACUUCUUACCUCUUAGUGAAUUUGAACCUGAUUUAGAGCUUCCCACAAAGUCCCGUGAAGCGUUUUUGUAGCUUACCUUUCUACGGAAGUGUUUAUAGAAUUGGACAAACACCAUUGAUAUAUUUUGUAGAACAAAGAUCAAAGCAUGAAGUUGUUAACAAUAUCAUGGACAUGGUAGCUAGUGGAUUACCACAUGUAGAUUGUACCAGAGCUGGGUUGUGAAACAGCUUUAGUCUUUGUUUAGCAUAGAUGAACGUCUCCAUCUUAUUCUGGCCUGCAUAUAUUAACUAUUCAUAUGACAUUCAUAAAACAAAUAAAUUUAUUGAAGAUAAAAUUUGGAUGAAAAUGUAUGGCGUUGAUUCUGGAA